ACACACACACACAUUUAUCAAACACAGACGCCGUCUCAGACAAGGCUGGACUGAAAGAAAAGAGGCUGGAGAAAGAGAGCCGUUAGAAAUGUGGGAAGAGAAAGUACUUUUCAGUGCCGCGUGAAAACAUAGAAAUGGAGUUACAAGGACUGUGAAGGAGACCAAAAGAAAAAGGGGAGGACAGUGGGAAACAGAGAAGAAAAAAAGAGGGACUGAGAGAGGGAAGACAGCAGCUGAGAAUGUAGCACACCAGAAGAAAGAAAUAGCCAUGGGUUCCCAGGCUGUGGAGGACUGUGUACAGAGCGCCCUCUCUUCACUCUAUCCUCCAUUUGAAGUGACGGCUCCCCCACUCCUCUCACAGGUUUUUUCUGUGCUAGAGGGAACAUACCACCAUGACUCACUGAGAUAUCUAGUCGACUUCUUUGUGCCAGCCAAGCACCUCCUGCAACGUCUCCAGCAAGAAGCCUGUUCCCAGUAUAUUGGCUUCCUGUUUCUCCAUGAAGGAUGGCCUUUAUGUCUUCACGAGAAGGUUGUUGUUCACUUGUCCACGCUCGAUUGGAAGAAUCUUCAGCCUGGAGACUUCUACUUGCAAGUGGUUCCCUUUUCUGCUAGGACUCCCAGACUAGCUGUCAAAUGUCUGUCUACUGGAGGACGUACAGUACAAGAGAUCCUAGUGCCAGAGUCUGACCACAGCCAUAUUUUUACUCCAGAAUGGCUUAAUGGUCUUAACAAAGAAAGGACAGGAGCCCGACUGGAACGAUGUCUCCUUAUAACUGACACUGGCCUGAUCCGGGCAACCUGGGAAGAGAUUGUCUACCCUCAGUUUAUUCAUAAGCCUGGAAGCAUAGUGGGGAGUUUGGUGACAAGUACAGACCCUACACUUCUAAAAGUUCCUGCAGGACAAAAUGAGGAGUUUGACCAUCACAAUUCUGAAAUCCCUACACAACCAACAGAGGGAAAGCACUUACAUAAUGACUCAAAUCUUAAAAAUGAACUGGAAGGAGAGUAUGUAGAGCUUCUUGAAAUCGACGUAAAGGAGUGCUAUUUAAAUCCUGGAGAAGCUGACUCAAAACGAAGGUAUCUAGAGGUUCAUGGAAUUUCAAAAACAAAAACGGUCCCCCUUUGCAAAAGCCAAAACAAAGGGAAGAGCAAAAGACACAGAGCAUGGCUUCAUCCAAAAACCGGUGGAACUGUUAAACCACUUCUGCCUUGCAGCAUGACACAAGUUGAGAGUCCGGAGUCAUCAGAGCAAUUUCUGAACAUGGGAGAUCAUGAAAUCAAGGAAUUGGGUCCAGAAGUAAUGACCGACCUGCGUGGCCUUGUGAUUGAACCUGAGGUGGUUCAUGAUCUUAUUCAUGUAAGCAGUACGGAAUUUGAUCAUUUCUCAUCAGGAUCAGAUGGUGAAGGUUUUAGUCCACUGCCUUGGACAGACAGUCCUACAUUACAAAUUGAAAGCAGACAUGUUGAAUCUGGUGCUCAAAACCAAUCCAGCCAAGAAAAUAUUUUUAGGAAGUCUGACGAUAAUGGUACAAAUCAAAAAGCUGCUAAGGAUAUGUCAAAUAAAGACAUUCCACUGCUAAACCUUUCCAUGCAUCCUUCAUCUCAGAAAACGAAUUGUGCUAUUGUAGAAGGUCAGAACCUUACCAAUUUACCUGAUACAGUCAAUGAUAGCAGCAAAGUAGAACUGUCAGAAAGCGUAGGUUCUUCUGUCCAGAUAACACAAUUUUCACAAGACAAAGCAUCGAUGAAAGAAGAGAUGGCACUUUCCUUAUGCAAUGAUGCAGAGCAAAACCAACAGCCUGUGUUAAAUUCAGUGAAACCACUGGGUAAAAAAAAAAACAAACAGGGUGACAAAACACCAGCAACUGAAAAGACUUUGGACAUAAAGAACAAUUGUAAUUUGCUUUUAGACAGGAAUAACUCAGGUAAUUCAACUACUGUGGCCCAGGGUUCAUCAGAGCAUCCUGUGAGAACGGAAACCAAAUUACCUUCUCAACAGUCAUUGGUUCCAACUACUGAGGAAACAAAAUCAAAAUCUGAAUGUAACAACAAUUCCAACCUCAUUUGUCCCAUGGAUCAUAAAAAUUCUGACUUAAAAAAGAAUCCUAAAGGAAAAACUUUAGGUUCAAAUAAUGGUGAGCCAUCGCCAGCUGUGGCCGAAGGAGGCAAAGUGCCAGUCGCCAAAGUAAAUGUAACUAGGAAUCCUGCAUCUAAAGGCAACAGGAGGAAAAAAAAGGGUAAAUCUGGCAGAGGAAAGUCAAAGGCUACUGAACAAGCAGGAAGAGGAAAUAAGGCUCUCCAGAAUGCAAAAGACCGCCCAGCGACUCCUAGCAAAGAGAAGCAGUCUGUGCAAACGCAGGACCCUGACAUCAAAGCUGGAGAAAACGACACAGCUUCAGACUUACCAGCCUUUGCCACCAACGAGCCUAACAUUUCAGAGCAUUGUCAGCCUGGGGACAACGGGGAACAUUUGCCACCUCUGCCUGAAUGUGACUCUCAGCCACAGGUGGUCAGUUCUGCUGAUGACGCUGGAGAUUUGCAGCAAGAUUCAUCAAACCAGGAUGUCACUCCAUCCGAAAACUGCGAAAUGACACUCAGGUCCAAUAAUGAACCAGAUCCACCCACGGGGGAACACCAUACUCACAGCCUGGAUGGAGAAGAGGAACAACCAAAGGUUGAGCAAAUUGCUGAUGAUUCAUGCUCCACUCCACAUCUACUCCGUGACUUGAAUCCUGAGCUUCUGUUGUCCGGGCUGCUGACACUACCAGGCACCCAUGACAAGGAAGGCCACAAUCUUGUUUUGAUUGAGAUGAAGAAUCCAAGCUGGCAGUACCCCGCAGAGGAAGUGGCACGUGCACUGGCGUGUUUCCAUUCACUCACCAGGGUGUCAUCCAAAGAAUCCGAUCUCACUAUUUUGUUAGACUCUCGUCGCGCCCUCUUCUCGAUGGAUAUUUUAUCUCCACUUCAGGCUUUCCAGGAGAAGUCACCAUCUGCAAUUUACAGAGUCCUGUUGGUACUUGAUCAUGAUUCAACCAUCAGUGUGGAAAACAUCUCACUCCUACAGUUGGUGGUGGUGAAGGGAUUAUCAGCACUUCAAGCACACGUGGAUUCUACACAGCUUCCUAUUAGCCUGGGUGGUGCCUCUGUUCACUGUCACAGUGACUGGAUCUCUUUUCAACUGCGAUUAGAAGAAUUCUCGCUUUCCUGUCAGAGGGCUUUGUCUCUUCUAGGAGAGGCUUUGGAUUUCCUUGAAAAACAUCAGUUGCCUGACUCCACCAAGACCGUCGCCUCUUGUGUUGAUGAUCACCAGAAACUAAUGAAAACCGUAUUGGUAGAUGAGAGGAUCACUUGCCUACAGAUGGAAGGAGGAGCAAAGCUGGCCCGACUUCGCCGAGAGGCAGACCAUUCCUCCAUGUCUCAGACCUGCAGGGAUUCACUCUCCACCACCUCUGACCUUUAUAACAGAGUGGAUGAUGCUCUUCAUCAGUUGGUCAUGCUAUCUAAUCAACGGCUGCGGGACCUGGAAACCAUUGGACGACUGGGUGCCUUAGAAUCCAAACUGGAAAAGGUGGUUCACUGGGCAUCAGAGGUUGGAAUGACCAGCCUGGAGAGCUACAAAGAUCUUGGGGACUCCCUGGAGUUACUUAGGCAAAAACAGAAGGAGUUUAUUGAAUUCAGUCGGACAGCAGGGGAGCAUUGCUGUGAUGGCUUUGAAGCUCUAAGAAAGAUUGAAUGCUGGGAUUAUUUUCCUUCCCCUGGACUUCAGGUCAUCCAAGAAAAGGUGCCAGAAUACAGACAAAAACUCCAGGAAUUUUCCAACGCUGUAGGGAAAUGUCAGAGCACCAUGGAGAAGACGAUCCAACUUUAUGAAUUUUUUAGUGAGGCCUACAACUGGUCACUGGAAGUGAUGCGUCAUCUUUCUCAGGUCUCAGCAGAGGAUUGCAUGUCUUCAGCCCAUUGUUCGGAAGCCCUGGUUCGUUUGCAGCGUUGCUGUCGGGAUUUACCAGAAAUUUCUGAAGCAAGGUUUGCUGAAGCUCAGAGCAUAGCCAAGGAAAUUGGAAACACUACCUCAAACAAAACAAUCAUGGACCACUGGACAUUCGCCAAGACCAAAUACACAGAGACAUGCUCAGUGUUGCAUCAAAGACUGGAAAUGGCACAAAAAACACAACGAGCAAAACUCGGCGGAGUGCCCUCAAGGAGUAUGACCAAUCUUUGCCUUGAAGCUCAGCAGUCAGUCCUGCAUUCGUGGGGCUCUUUAGCUUCUCUACACCAAGACCCCUUCUUUCCAAAUCACACUUCCACUUUAAGGGCUGAUGAUGUCCCCAAUGACAAUAAUUCUUUAGGAAUUAAUACCACCUCCUCAACUUCUUUCCCUUGGCUGGGGAAUGCAGUUUUGAAACCUUCAUCAUCUCGAUGGUAUCUGCAAGGUUUCUUAAAAGAUCAUACCAAGCAGUCAACAUGCCUGGAAAACAUUUCAGCUCCUUGUAAGCCAAACCGGAAAAGGAACCCUAGCUUUGACUUCCAGGCUCUUCUUGGAUCCAGAAGAGCCUCAAAAGACUCAGGGAAGGCAGAGGACUCUGUGUCAUCUCCCUUGCUCUGGCUUGGUAGAAAAUCUGCACAGUUGGGUCCCAAAGCAGGUCAGACUGGAGUGCAUAUAAAGGGAUUAGAAGUAAGCAGCAGAGAAGUAGUGGAUCAGACUUGUUCACCCAGACAACAUGUUCUUCUGGCCCGGACUGGGGUGCCUAUAAUGAACGCACCCUGGGGAUGUACACCAAAACAGGAACGAAAGAACACUAGCAGCAGUAAAACUCAGAGGUUAGCUUCUGUACUGGCCAGCUCUGAACUCGAGUAUGUGAGUGCUCUGCACCAUGUGGAAGAGUGCUACCUUCCUGAGACAGAACGACGGGACCUUCCUCAGGAGCUGCGGGGGAAACGAGGGGUGAUCUUUGCCAAUUGGGAGAAGCUGACAGCUUUUCAUGCUCAUUUCCUCCUCCCAAUCAUCGAGGAUGCUGUCAGUCAACCUCUGUCACUUGGAGAUUGCUUUCUAAAAUUUAGACAACAAUUCAAACUUUAUUCCCUUUACAUAAAGAACAAGCCCAAGUGUGAUGUUCUACUCUCAAGUCAAGGAAAUUCUUUCUUCAAGCGGCGACAGCUAGAGCUUAAGGACCCUCUUGAUUUAUCCCAAUACCUUCAAGCACCAUUGCUGAGGCUGCAGCAGUACUGUGACAUCCUGAAUGAGCUCACGAAGGAAUGUUGUCCAGAGAGAGAUCAACAGAGCCUCCAAAGCCUGCAGAAUGCUGUUGCCAUGCUGAGAUUUGUAAUUCAGCACGGAGAAGAUCUUCAAGCCAGCGACCGCAUAACAGCAUGUGAUGUGAGCUUGACUGAGCAGGGGGAGUUACUGCGACAGAAUGAGUUCACAGUCUUGGGAGGGCGGAAGAAGGUCAUCCGGCAGAUGUUCUUAUUUGAAGACCUCUUGUUAUUCACCAAGCAGAAGACGCUGCACGGAGGCCAGACGGCAUACAUCUACAAGCAUUCUGUGAAGACUGCUGAUAUCGGCUUGACAGAAAACAUUGGGGAUUCAGGAACCAGGUUUGAGAUUUGGGUCCGCCAUUCGAAAUCUAAGGAGGCUUACAUUCUACAGGCCCGUUCUCCAGAUGUCAAGCAGAUGUGGACUCAGGAUUUGGCACGCCUGCUUUGGAGUCAAGCCAUGAGAAACAAAGAAUUACGUCUUCAGGAAUCACUUUCUAUGGGCAUGUGCAGCAAGCCAUUCUUGGACAUUAAGAGCAGCUCCUCUAAUAUCUGCGAUCGCAACAUUGAUUAUUUCCUCAAUGGAAGAGGUUCCCGAAGCAGAGCCUCUGUGGCCGUGUCGUCCUUCUCUAGUGACAGCUCCUUCAGGAGCCCAUCGCCAUUGCCCUCUCCUCUCCUCUCCCCUGGCCUGGGACCCUUGGACUUGCACUUUGGUCAUGGCACACACUUCCAUCAAUCUCGUUUUUACCCAGAAAGCAUCAAAGAAGAAGAUGAUGCCUUUUCUACAGGAAACUUGCUUGACAGUUCAGGUUCUUCAUCUUGUGGCAGUGGUCAACAGAGCCAGCAAGAUCUAAAAUCCAUGAACCUGGAUGUUGCAGGACUCUUCAACCACAACAGCAGCAGCAGCAGCUCCUCUCAAUACAAAAUGCAGAAAUCUGAUCAGCACGUUGAAAGACAGUCAACAGUCGUCUAAAGAAAGUUAGUAUGUCAUUUGUACAAGAUCACAUCUCUUGGGACCAUCCAAAAACAACUGGAAAAAAUGAUCUGUAACAAAAACAUCUCAAUGAGAAUGUUGAAACUGAAAUAAAAUAAAAGAAAGGAAAAACAAAAAACAUUAACACCGAAACCAAAAGGCAAUGAAAUUUUCAGGAGUAAUGAAAAACACAGAUCGUGUGGAAACAAAAUGUCUUCACUGGAAUAUAAACGGUGGAAAGAAAACUAAACCAGUUUGGAAUCAAUGGAAAAGCAAAGAGGAUUAAACUGGAAUAACCACAGGACAGCCAUCUUGCCAAAUUUUAACUGUCAAAAGAAUGCUAUUUUUUUUAAGCCAAAAAAUAUUCAUGGUGUUGUUGGGCUGAUCAACUUGGGAGUGAUUUCUAAGCUAUGAUGGUGUUUUGGAGCCCUAAGUUUAGUAAGAUACGUUCCUUUUAGAGCCAGGCUAAUUGUACCUCAUUGAAACAGAAUGGUGAACAUCCCCACUUAUGGUAUGGCUGACGUAGGGGAGUUCUUCAACAUAUUUUCUCACUUUCUUACUUCAAACAUUUGACUUUGUAACAUUGUAACUCUUAGUCCUUACUAUUAGUAUUCAUGUUAGUAUGAAGUCAUUAACAUGGCCGUGUCUAUCUAUUUGCACAAAUCAAAACCAGAAAACUGUACAAUUCAUAUGACCAGAAGCAUAAGGGAAGCUGAAAUUUACACCCAUUUACAGACAUGUUUAAAAUUUGUUGUGACAGCCGUCAACAGCAUCCACUGAUGAGAAGCAGGAAGAAGCGGGGGCCAUCACACUCACUGAACGAACAAUAAUAAUAGAUCUAUAACAAUAGCUGUUAAUGAUAAUGUGGUGAAAAUAGCUAAACUUAAAUGACAUUGCAAUUAACCAAAAAAAUUGUUCUCAAUGCUUUUAGAAACUUGUAGACCACCAGUGUAGUUUAAUUAACUGAAAGUUAGAAUGUUAUGUUCAAUUAGAAAAUUCAUUCAUUAGAACCCUUGUGACGAGAACAGUCCAUUCAGCCCAACAAGCUUAUCCAUCAAAUUCCCCAAGAGAAUCCAAAAUAACAUCAAGUUGAGGUUUGAAAGGCCCUAAAGUCCUGCUCUUCACCUCACACCCUGGCAACAUUUUUAGUAUAAAUGUCCAGUUAUGCCAGAAUAGACUCCAGCCCAAAUCAAACCUAAAAUGUAUUAAGUAGGAAUGACAGUAUGUUGUGUUUAAACUUAUUAUGAAAUAUUUUUAAAAAAUAACGUGUGGAAACGUUUUUAAGAAUCUUCAUAAAUCCGUUAGCAGUCCAACUUCUUUUGAAGAUCUCUUUAUUGCAGUUUCUUGGGGUCAAAAGAAAGGAAAGUGACCUGACCUAAUAAAAUUUUAAUAGCUUAGAUUACCCUCUGGUCAUGACAAUAUGUUAGGGUACAAGGGAGUUAAAAAAUUGAAGCACUCGUCACGGCUUGAUCUCACCCACUUAUUUCCCAUAUAACAUGGAUGAGACUACAAAAAUAGAAAAUACAAAUAAAAGUCUUUUCCACAAUAUCAAAAUAUGACCAAAGCAGCCUGGACAGUAUGAAAUAGAAAAAAUAUCAAGAAAGGAGGAUCUUUAUAUGUACCGUGAGUAAUCGAACUGCACUAAACCCCUCUUUAUGAAUUUCCAUUGUUAUUUGACGUUUAUAAAGAACUUUCCUUGAAUCCCAGAAAUAAAAGAAUCAAAAAAGUCACUAAUUUGCAUGUGUAUGUAACCCUGAACACCAGAUAUUCACUCAAUGCUGCACUUUUAAAAAACAAACAGACAAAAUCAAUAAACGUUUGAAUGACUGAUUAUUCUUUACUAAGAGUAACCCUUUAUUUAAACGUGACAAUGGGUACUUAAGAUUUAAGAUGUGUGUUUGUGUGUGUGCAUGUGUGUGUGUGCUGGGGGCUCAAAAAUCAUUUGCAUAACAAGUAAAGUCACUACUCAUUUAGAAAUAACAAAGAGAGAGGUGGUGCAGAGCUGCUACUUCGCAAUCCUGGGUUCAAACACUGACCCAAGUACCCCCUGAGGGGAGUUGCUCAUUCUGCACAUUCUGUUUAUGCUCAUGGAGAUUUUCCUUCAGUACUUACUAUAUCCUUCCGAAUGUGUAAUCGGAUACAAAAAUCACGUAAUCUUUAUUUUAUAGAGCACCAUUAACACCAAAAUACAUUACAAGAUGCUUUAAAUGGUUAACAAGAUUACAACAGAAGGUUGACCAAUGACUCUUAAAUGGCCUGACAUAUGGAUACCUGCAUAGGUGUGCCCUUUGAUGGACUGGCACUUCAUUUAGGGUUUGCUGCAAAUGCUGGAGGGGUGGAAUCCUUUUCCCACAACCUAAUUCUGGAAUUUGGGGGGUUGUUUUGAAAUGGUUGUAUAAUAAUAGAGAUUAACUAAACAAUAGUUAAGAUCACCCUCAUAAAUGUCUCCAAGAUGGAUAUACUUUAUUACAACAAGCAUGAGGGAGCCUGCCAGGUGUACUGGUCAGUUCACCAUGACAAGACUGGAGAAUAUAACAAAGCAACAGUCCUCCUAAAUACGUGAGGUUUAUUUGCAUAUCAGAGUUAAGAUACACAGAUUGCACCAAUCAGCAUACAGAUACAUGAUAUCAUCUUCAGCACACCUAUAUCUACAGGUCCUAGACGAACUAGGCAGUCACAAAGAGCGGCGAAGUUUUUAGUGGGUGGAGGUAUUUUGUCGAUCAACCAUCAUAGACGUAGCAUAUAAAAACAAUCAUGCCCAUAAGUUGAUCAGAUGUCGGUGUUGUGUCAUGCUAGAAUCUCAAUGGUAAACCCCCCCACCACCACCUGCUUUUCCAGGCAAUGUAUGUAUAGCAAUUGCUUUCAAGACCAGAGCUGGUACCGAUUAAAUACAGUAUUUUUGUAAUUAUUACAAGGAUGGCCAAAUGCAUUUGUAUUACAAUAUAU